CCGAUAAUAUGGGAAAUGUUCACGACCGAUCGAAAUUGCGAAGAACAAAGAAUCCUCAGAUUGUUUCUCUACUUAAAAUCUAAAUCUAGUACGAACCCUCGACCCCCGAUCUCUUCGCUACGCAACGGAAUCGAUCUUUUUCCCUUUUUCCGAAAUUGGUCGUAGAUAUUUAAUUUUAUAUCUCAGGUACAGAUUUGUGGAUUGGAUACAGAGAUAUUUUGGGGGCGAACUUGAAUUGAAUUGAAUUUGAAUCAUGAAUGUCCUUCUCUGAAUAAAUAUCUAUCCUUCUUUUCCCGUUAAAAUAUCACCCGAAUCUCAGCAUCCCUUUACUGUAAUCCGAAGGAUAUAGCUUCUACCUCUCUCAGUUCAUCUUUUCAGGUGCGAAUGUGGUCUGAGAGCCAUGGAGAAGACUUCGGGAUAUUUCGGUUAUUUAUACAGUUUUUGCAGUUUCUGCUAAUAGAUUAUUGUCUUGUGUUGCAGAAGAGGCUUGUUACAAUGGAUGCUUUACCAGAAGUCUUGAUUUGGGAAAUACUGAAUAGAGUUAAGAAAACCGUUGACAGAAACUCUCUGUCAUUAUCGUGUAAGCGCCUUCACGAUUUGGACAAGGAAAACAGACAAUUUCUUCGGGUUGGUUGCGGAUUAGACCCUGCUGAUGAAGCUUUGACAUCUCUGUGUCUCAGGUUUCCCAACUUAUCACGAAUUGAGAUCACUUAUUCGGGUUGGAUGUCGAAACUUGGGAAGCAAUUGGAUGAUCAUGGACUUUUUAUCCUUUCAAGCCAUUGUCCAUCUCUAACUGAUCUCACCUUAAGCUAUUGCACAUUCAUCACCGACGUAGGACUCCGCCAUUUAACUUCCUGCUCCAAUCUUUCAGCUCUAAAGCUGAACUUCACCCCGAGAAUAACUGGCUGUGGUGUAUUCUCAAUCGCUGUUGGAUGCAAAAACCUCACUGUCCUCCAUCUUAUCCGAUGCUUGAAUGUCAGCAGUGUUGAGUGGCUCGAAUACCUCGGCAAGCUUGAAACGCUUGAAGAUCUCUCGAUCAGGAACUGUAGAGCAAUUGGUGAAGGUGAUCUGAUCAAGCUAGGCCAUAGUUGGCGGAAGUUGAAGCGGCUGCAAUUUGAAGUCGAUGCAAACUAUCGAUACAUGAAGGUUUAUGAUCGGUUAGCCGUUGAUCGAUGGCAAAAGCAGUGGAUCCCAUGUGAUGAUAUGUUGGAACUCAGUUUGGUGAACUGCAUAAUCAGUCCAGGGAAAGGACUUGCCUGUGUGUUAGGAAAGUGCAAGAAUCUGCAGAAAGUUCAUUUGGACAUGUGUGUUGGAGUGAGAGAUUGCGAUAUAAUAAGCUUGGCUCGAGAAUCGCAUAAUCUCCGAUCCAUCUCCCUCCGAGUUCCAUCAGACUUUUCACUUCCAUUGUUAGCCAACAACACAUUAAGAUUAACAGACGAGAGCUUAAAAGCCUUAGCCGAGAACUGCUCCCAUCUCGAAUCAGUCAGGAUCUCAUUUGCAGAUGGUGAGUUCCCCUCACUCUCCUCAUUUUCCCUCAACGGGAUCCUCGUUCUAGUCCACAUGUGCCCAGUUCGCGAGCUCGCUCUCGACCACGUCUACUCCUUCAACGACAUGGGGUUGGAAGCUCUCUGCUCGGCCUCCUAUCUCGAAACUCUGGAGCUCGUAAGAUGCCAAGAGAUAAGUGACGAGGGGCUGCAGCUGGUGAGCCAGUUCCCUCAGCUGCGCUACCUACGGUUGAGCAAAUGCUUGGGGAUCACAGACGAUGGGCUGAAGCCACUAGUUGAUGCAUACAAACUCGAAUCGUUGGCCGUGGAAGACUGCCCUCAGAUCUCCGAGAGGGGCGUCCAUGGCGCCGCGAGAACGAUAUCGUUCAGGCAAGACCUGUCAUGGAUGUAUUGAGACUUCAAAUUUUGUCUAAUUCUGGACUCAUCCAUUUGUCAAAUAAUUUGUGUAUGCUUAUUGCUUGUAUGUAAAAUUAGAAAGAGAUGAUUUGGUGUUGCUUUCACAAGUCCUUGGUAAAGUCAUUUUUACAAAUUGAAAACUGUUUUUUUCUUUUUUACUAAGAACAUUAAAUUAUAUU